UUAAAAAGGGCAUGACUUUAGAAGAAGUCAUAAACAAGGCAAUUCCUUGGAAUAGAUUUUUAAAAAUCCAGAGUCCACCCAACAGAUUGUUAGAACCAGCCAGGCAGAAGCGGUGAGACACGGUGAGAAAACUUUGGGAAGUUUUGAAAUGGCAUUAUAUUUGCUGGGCUCCACGAUUCUGCUGUUGCUAUGGUUCAGUUCAGCACAGAAAGUUCCAGUAUACCAACAACAACAAGUUGUUCAUGAAGAUUUGGUGAACCUCUUGACUGAUCCAGAGAUUCCAGCGAAAUGUGGCCCUCCACCAGCUAUUGAUAAUGCAAUGCUUAUUGCUCGCCAAGCACAUGAAUACUUUUCAGGUGCAACCGUGAUAUACCAGUGCUAUAGACUGUAUGUAAUGGAAGGCACUCCAAUUGCAAGGUGUUCAAAUGGUCACUGGAGAGGCGUGCCCAGAUGUGUGCAAACAUGUAGAGCAAAUGAAAGUGAUAUGGAUGAUAACAAUAUACAACUGAAAUCAAUAACUAAAUCAACAUCCAUGAGAGCAUCUGAUUACUGGAUGGAAUUUGAGUGCAGAGCAGGAUUCCAUAAGGAUCCGUCAUCACCACCUUUUAGAAAACAAUGUGUAAAAGGACUAUGGGUGUAUCCAAGAUGCAUAUAGCUGACAGCUGGAAACUGGAUUAAAUUCAAGAGAGAGAGAUGUAUUUGAACAGAUACAUUUAAUUGAAUAUGGGGAUCAACACACUUGGGAUUCAUUUACCAGAGACCCGAAGAAUCUGGAUCAUUUUCAGAUCAAACAUAAAAUUAUGCCUCUGCCUAAAUCAAUCAUUGUUUCUUCAUUUGCCAAAUACCGCUUUUUAAGCUUCUAAAACUUUGCCUUAGUACAAUAAUAAACAUUGUUGUUUCAAUAUUAUGUUUAAUUGUCUCCCAGAUAAUUUCUUUUGCUUGUUCCUGUAUCUUUCCCAUUCCCAUGGAACCAAUUUUUUUGGUUAUUUCAAGAUGAACAUAGAAUGAAGUUUUGGUCAGUUCUUAAAUUUCCGUACCUUCUUUUCUUUAUUUCAAGUAGUUGCUACUGUCACUCAUCAUCCCUUCAUCUUUCUGUUCUCCUUACAUUUUCCUGUGAUGAAAUUCCGAAUUAUUACUAUGAAAAUAUGAAAAACAAUUGUGAUGAUCAAAGUUUUAUGUUACUGUAUAUCUUAACCUUGCGAAGUUGUUCAUGAAUGUGAAAUUAAAGCAAUGACAAAGACAUGGUUUGAAGUCUAAGCAAAAA